UGCCCUUCUCUUCUUCUUCUUCGUCUCAUUCUUCUCUCGUUUGUGAAAUCUGUGUUUGCGUCAAUUUCUCAGCGUCCUCUCUCUUUCCUCUGCCUAAUUUCUCUCUCUUUCUCUCUCUCCUGUGGUUGAUUUCUAGGUUUCUCUGCGACUCCAAUUACUUUCGAGGAGUCUUUGUUUUUUUCUUCAAUUCUUCUUUCUUACCUCGAUUUCUCCUUUCUGUGGUCUCAUCUUGAAUCCACGCACUUUUACUUUUCAAACUCUUUUGAUUGGAUCUUUCCCCCUUCUCUUCCUAUAAAUAGCUUUGAGGAUUACAAUUGGUGUUUUGAAUCUGAGAUUACGAUCUGAUGACUACAUUUCGAAGCUCUGUUCUUGUUUCGGUAUUGAUCUGUUGACGGAAGGAUUGGUUUUUGGGUGCUCCUGAAUCAGAAAAUUGGAGCGUUGUGCUGGGAUAGAUAUUAAGCAUUCUUUUCUCAAAAUUUGUUGCAAAAAUAAUGUUCAGUUACCCAAUAUAAAUGUGCUGUGGUUUUGAAGAUGAAAAGUUUUCAGGAAGCUUUUGCUUGAUGGACUGUUCACAUAACAGCAGUGACAAGAAAACUUUGAAGAGGUGGUUUUUCAUUGACAAAAUGGUUGGGUAAAAGUUAGCUGAGAUAGUGCUGUGUGAUAUAUCUGACACCAUUAAUCUUGAUAGAACCAGCUGUUCCAUUUCUUGCAUUCCAAACAAACGUUAUCAACAAUUUCUAUUUAUCUGGAUCCAAUGGACUUAAAAUCAAACCACGCUGCUCCUGUUCUCACUGAAUCUGCACCCAUUAGCAAAUCAAGAUUCCAUUCCAGUAUGCCUUACUCACCACCAGGAGCAGGGUUCCCUUCUAGCCAUUUUUUAGCAAAUCCUAGGAAGAAGUCCAUUCCUGGAAAAUUUGAUGAUGUCCGUACCAGUGGGUGGCUUGAUGCCAUGAUAUCCUCCUCACCUCCUCGCAAGAAGUUAACCAAAGAAUUAAAUGUUGAGGUUGCACCAAAUGAUGCUGAUGUUGCUUACAGCUCCUGGAUGCUUAAGUACCCAUCAGCGCUUUCAUCUUUUGAGAAAAUCACGAGUCAUGCAAAAGGGAAAAGGAUAGCAUUGUUUCUAGAUUAUGAUGGGACCCUGUCACCAAUUGUAGAUAACCCUGACCGUGCAUUUAUGUCUAGCACUAUGCGUUCUGCUGUAAGAAAUGUUGCAAAGUAUUUCCCAACGGCAAUAGUAAGCGGAAGAAGUCGUGAUAAGGUGUUUGAAUUUGUAGGGCUAACAGAACUCUAUUAUGCUGGUAGUCAUGGGAUGGACAUCAUGGGUCCUGUCCGAAAUUCGGUGUCCAUUGGUGACCAUCCAAACUGCAUUAGGUCUACUGACAAGCAGGGUAAGGAAGUAAAUUUGUUCCAGCCUGCAAGUGAAUUUAUACCCAUGAUCGAUGAGGUUUUUAGAUCCCUUGUCGAUAACACUAAAGAAAUUGAAGGCUUUGGACCGUACUUUGACUCACAAGAAUUCACUUUGUUUUGCCCUUGUGGAACUUUCCAGAGUUGGAAUACAAUUGCACAACGUGUCCAUGAUAUUCUAAAAGACUACCCACGUCUACGGUUAACUCAUGGGCGAAAGGUUUUAGAGGUCCGUCCUGUGAUUAACUGGGACAAAGGGAAAGCCGUCGAGUUUCUGCUUGAAUCACUUGGAUUAAGCAAUUCUAAUGAUGUGGUUCCUAUAUAUGUGGGAGACGACCGGACAGAUGAGGAUGCAUUUAAGGUAUUAAGAGAGGGAAGUCAGGGCUAUGGGAUCUUAGUGUCGUCUGUGCCAAAAGAAAGCAAAGCAUUCUACUCUUUGAGAGAUCCCGCCGAGGUCAUGGAAUUUCUCGAUUCCCUGGUGAAAUGGAAGAGAUCAGAUGAAGUAUCGUGUUUGUAAAAGAGGAAUAGGAGCAUAAAAUGGUCUGCACAUAGUAGUACAUGCAUGUUCUGUAGUUCCUAACUAAUAAAAUCAAGAUGGGCGAGGAGAUGCUGGAAGUGCUAAUAUUUCAAGCUGGCAUCUGGAUGUGCAGUGUAGUGUCUCUGUUUACUUGGAUCCAAGUGCUUGUCAUCAUCCUUGUACAUGUUUUCCCUCCCAGCUAAUGGUUCUGAUCAUAUCCAGGUCUCUAGGAUGUAUUAAAUCAUUUUUUCCCCCUCUUCUACCAGUUUUGGUUAUAGUGUUCAUCUAUUGAAUAUUUGUUAAAAUUAUAUAUAUAUAUAUAUAUAUAUAGAUAAUUAAAAUAUUUUCUGUCACAGGUGUGAUUUUCUUGAA